AUGUCCUUGCUUCAAGUUGACCAACUCAACCAGCUAAGGGACAUCUUCUCACGCUUCGACAUGGACUCCGACGGCAGCCUGACCCACCUGGAGCUCGCGGCCCUCCUCCGGGCUCUCGGACUCAAACCCUCCGGUGACCAAAUCCAUUCUCUCUUAUCCAACAUAGAUUCCAAUGGAAACGGCGCCGUUGAAUUCGACGAACUGGUCAAUGCCAUAAUGCCGGACAUCAACGCAGACAUACUCGUAAACCAGGAACAGCUUUUGAAGGUUUUCCAAUCAUUCGAUCGCGACGGCAACGGCUACAUCACCCUUGCAGAACUUGCAGGAUCAAUGGCCAAAAUGGGUCAGCCAUUAACGUAUCGCGAGCUCACGGAGAUGAUCCGAGAGGCUGAUACAGAUGGAGAUGGUGUCAUUAGUUUCAAUGAAUUUGCAACCAUUAUGGCCAAGUCUGCUGUGAAUUUUCUUAGCCUACCAGGAUGCUUAUAUUUAAAGCGCUGA